AUGGGAGUUUCAGACCUAGAUAGACAAAUCGAUCAGCUCAAAAGGUGCGAAUACAUCAAAGAAGCAGAAGUCAAAGCCCUGUGCUCGAAAGCACGGGAUAUCCUCGUCGAGGAAUGCAAUGUGCAGCGAGUAGAUGCUCCUGUCACAAUUUGCGGAGACAUCCACGGGCAGUUCUAUGAUCUGGUGGAACUCUUCAAGGUAGGUGGUGAUUGCCCAGAGACAAACUAUUUGUUUAUGGGCGACUUCGUUGACAGAGGAUUCUACAGUGUGGAGACUUUCCUGCUGUUAUUGGCCCUGAAGGUACGCUAUCCCGACCGAAUAAUGCUGAUACGGGGCAACCAUGAAAGCCGCCAGAUAACUCAGGUUUACGGAUUCUACGACGAAUGCCUCCGAAAGUAUGGUAGCGUGAAUGUGUGGCGAUACUGUACAGAGAUCUUCGACUACCUAGCCUUGGCUGCGCUCAUCGAGGAUCGCGUUUUCUGUGUCCACGGCGGGCUAUCUCCUGCAAUCAACACUUUGGACGAUGUGCGCAGCAUCGAUCGCAAGCAGGAGGUCCCUCACGAGGGUGCCAUGUGCGACCUUAUGUGGUCAGAUCCAGAGGACCUAGACGGCUGGGGUCUGUCCCCGAGAGGUGCCGGCUAUCUCUUCGGUGCUGACGUUGUCAAGGGGUUCAACCAUACAAAUGGGAUUGAGCUCAUUGGACGUGCUCAUCAGCUAGUCAUGGACGGCUAUAAGUGGAUGUUCAAUGAGGCUCUUGUGACUGUCUGGUCUGCGCCAAACUACUGCUACCGGUGUGGGAAUGUGGCUGCGAUUCUAGAGUUUGACGAGAACUUGAAGCAAUCUUUCCGCAUCUUUGAGGCAGGAAUGCGAGUCCUGCAUCGGGAACUAACUAGACAGAGCCACAUCAUUCCAGAUUUGGCUAGGUGUGCCCUUUGGAUGCCCGGCUGCCGCAUGCGCCGCAUGCUGUUCUUAGGUUCCAAGAUGCUUGAGAAGGCGCUCUUCAAGCUCGUGAUCUCCUUCCUCGCUCUGGGCACGGCUUUGCCGGAGGAAGCUCCAAGUUCCGUGCUUGUUGAACUGGACGGAAAUGGCCAAGCCUCGAUGGUUGAGGCUGCCAAGAGACCAUUUCACAAAGACGCGCCGAAGUACGACGACGACGUCGAGAGGGCCCUCCAGGCGGCGAACCUGACUAGCGGCGAGCGUCAGGAGGUUGAGAAGACCCUCGAUGAUUUUCUCAAUAAGUCGGAGCUACCAAAGCAACAGGCCUCACUGGCCCAGCUGGCGGCUUUUGCACCGGUCAGCGCGGGCCCCGCACCGGGGCACACCGUGGCCCUAAAGAACCACACGGAGGUUGUCACGAAGCGCGGCACGGACCCCCAGUUGAAAGCUCUCAACGACCAGCACGAUAAUCUCACACACCUGGUCCACGACCAGGCUGAAGCUGUGGCACACACUUCUGCGACCAUGAGUCGCAACAAGGAGGAUGUGGACAGACAAGCUGCUGAAGUCGAUCGGGUCGCCGACCUCUAUGGUCAGUCGCAUGCGAACACGAAGAAAGCCGAGGAUGCCUACAAGGCUCAUUUGGUUGCUUUGGCAAUUGCAAAGAAGCGACGUGACGAUUUGAAGCAGAAGGCAGACGACGCACGCAAGACCCUUGAGACGGUGGUGCCAGAGUACAAUGCUGCUGAGUACAAACUCGGGAUCCUGAUGUCGCAGACCCCCUGGCUGAAGGAUGAAGCAAAGAAGAAAGAGGCCGAAGAAGGCAAGCGUGCCGACGACCUCGAAAACACAGAGAACAAGAAGAAAGAGAUGCAGGACAAGUUGAACGGAGAUGACAAAGCUUUGCAGGAAGCGAUCUCCAAGCUCAACGGUCUCAACGGUGAUCUCAAGAGAAUAGAGGACAAGAUUGAGCACUGGAACAGUGCGUCCUCAUUGGCCCAAUCUGAGUGGGUCAGCUGCGGACUCGGACAAGUGCAGAGAAAAGACGAGCCAAAGAUACUAAUAAGCUACCUUCAGGCCUUGGAGUUGGCUCAAGCCUUGGGUCCUCGCCCACAGGCCGAAAGUAUUUUUGAAAUUUGGGUAGGUGCUGCAUCCAGUCUGUUUUCCCAAAGCUGGCGAGAGCUGGCUACGACUACGAUGCUGGCGAGCACUGAUGAGGCUAUCGCCAGAACCACUGUCGCUUCUGCACGCAGGCAUGGCAACGGCCGUAGGAGGUUGGCUUCUUUGCACCGUCCGGCCUUAAUUUGUUUGGUUUUGUCCGUGGCUGCGACGGCGUUUGUGAACGCCGACCCUAGAGCUGGCAGCAGAGCAUCUCAACUUCCGAGACAAGCGCGCAUGAGUCCAGCUGCAGUGGAGUCUAAUGACCUGGAGUACGUGCCCAUGAAGAUGGCCAGCUUUGCCACAGGCAUCCUGAGACCUUUCUUUGUCGUUCAGGCGUUGCGUCCUUCACAGCUGGAGGAGGACGGACAACUGAAGACGAUGGAGGAGAAGAUGCAGACCAUAGAAAACGGAGCAGACAUGAGACUAAAACCUUGA